AUGGUGAAAGUUGCUGGAUUUGUGAUAUUUGUGACUGUGAUGUGGAUUAUGGGGGCUCAGGGGGAGGCGGUGGAGUGCGAAAUGCCACCGCCUCAAGUGAUUAAUCCCGGAGAUUGCUGCAAACUUCCACAGUUUUUUCCCAAUCAAGUGCUGAGGAAGUGCGCGGAGAACUACUCAAGGAUUGAGUAUCAUCCACCGCCCACCACCCCACGAGCGCCACCCCUUCCGGCGCCACUUCUUAAGUCAAUUACCGCGAUUAUUCCUCGAGGAUGUUGUGUCUUUGAGUGUGCUUUCAACGUCUCUGGACUCAAUGAGAUCGGAGGAGGAAUAAACAUGAUGGACAUAUCAAAUUAUUUCAUGGAUAUUGUGAAAGAUGAGACAACUUGGAAUGAGACGAUGAUUGACGCUCUUGAAUUCUGUGUCAAAGACGCUCGAAGCAAAUUGCCCGGAUUCAUGGCAAUUGCCAACAUGCCACCAACGCAAUCUGGCCAGAAAUACUGCAAUCCCAUGCCCGGAUAUCUCACAGGAUGCAUCCAUUCCUACCUCUUUCAAAAAUGCCCGGAUAUCCUCUGGAGAGACUCCAACGAAUGCAAUGAUUUAAGGGAGUACCAGGAAAAAUGCCCGCUUCCUUUUGCAGUGAAAGGAACCAAAUAGCACUCGAAGAGAAAAUAGUAAAAAUCUAAUA